UGAGGUACAGGUGAUGGUUAAUCCACUUGCAUAUUCUUGUCCAGUGAUCCCCAAAAUGGAGACAAAGAGAGCCACAGCAAGUAGAAACGUCCAUUCUAACUGCCUUGAUUUGAGCUCUGUGGGUGUGGGUCGCAGGAACGGCGACUUUGGAUGUUCCUGCAGGACUGCCAGGGGGUUAAAAGACUAUGAAGAGUCAGCUGAUAUAUCCUAAGAGGCUCUCCCACCGUCGUCAGGAUAAGAUGUUGGGCCACUGCCAGGAAGAAUCGUCACCAUCACUUGGUCACUUCUACCUGUUUUCACACUGAAAAGCAGAGAUUUUCCUAAACUCCUCCUUUAUUGUGGGAUUUUUUGUUUUUUUCGUGAUGACUUAAUUACCAGCUAUGAAUGUGCUGUUAGAGACUGUGUGCUGUUUUCUCAUGAAAAGACUGUUUCCUGACUUGAUUUUUCCCUACUAAAUCUUUCAGAACCACUACCUUUGGUUCCUGCUACAAAGGAGAGUUGAAGACAUUUUUUUCUACUUUUAGUUUUCUUUUCUUUUUUACUUUCUAGAUUUCUGCUUGUACAUUUGGAAAUAUUUCAAGGACAGUUUCUUGCUUUGUAGCUAGUUUUCCUUUUUUUUUUAAAAAAAAAAAACUGAUAAUACACAACAAAUUGUUUUUGCUAUCAUCUUUCGUCUUUUUGGCUGCUGAAAUUUAAUCAAGACAAAUCUUAGCUACCCCUUGUUAUUCUCUAUUUUGUACAAAAUGUGGUCAACAUUUGUUGUGACUGAUGAAGAUGGCCGCACCAUGGCACCAGGAGGAGCAGGAACAGUUGGAGGGGUUGCAGCAGGAGGACCACCUCAGGGUGGAGGUGGUCUGGCCAGCUUGAUGGGUGGACGAAGUACAUUUGGAGGGAAACGCCGCAGGACGACGGCAACAGGACAUGCAAUGAGUGAAGCCCAGGAGGGAAAGAUCAAAUUGGCAUUCUUUGUGGCCAUCGUUGGUGUUGUUCUGACAGUUCUUGGGGUUGGUACAGAGUUCUGGGUGGAGCUGGCACCCCCAAAGAGUUUCUAUAACAAUCAGACUUGUCUGACAGCUCACUAUGGUUUGUGGAAGGGCUGCACCAAGACCCUGUGGGUGGCUGAUAUCGACCCAGAACGAGAGAGCUGUGGACCUGCUGAAUUGCCUGGAGAAUCAAACUGCACCUACUUCAAGUUUUUCACCACAGGGGAAAAUGCUGUGAUGUUUCAAAAGACAACACAGAAGAACCUGAAUGUGGCAACAGCAAUGUUGGCUCUUUUUAGCCUGUUCUUGAUGGUGAUGGGGGCCAUCUGCAUCACCAUGUCUCUCAGUAAAGAGAUCCUGUUCUUCCUAAAGCCAGCAUCCAUCUGCUUUAUUCUCUCAGGUGCUCUAGUGCUACUGUCCCUCCUGGUCUUCCACCAGUCCGUCCUGGCAUUCUUAGCCAGCGACCACACAGUUCCUCUUCACCACGAGCUCUCCUGGUCAGUUUCGUGUAUCGGUUGUGCCGGCGCCGUCCUCAUCGUUGGUGGCAUCUUCUUCCUGCUGCUGGCGCUACCCUGCAGCCCCUGGCAGAAGUGUUUCCCUCAUAAGGACAGCAGCAGUUAGUUGCUUAGAGGUGAUGGUGCACAUUAUCUGCCCCUUCUUUGAGAAGGAAAGAGGUAGAGAGGUGAGGAUGGUUCCCAGACACGUCUUGGUAGAGAUUACUUUCUUGGUUGACCUGCAGCCAUGUUUCUUAAUUCCGGUUGUCAAGUACCACCGCUGCAUUUUUUAGAUGUUUUCUUACCCCAAUAUACUUGAUUCAGAUUAAUGAAUCUUCUCAUCAAGUUUUUUUGCAAGCCUGUUAAUGAACCAUUCAUUUCAGCCAGGUGUGUUGAAGCACGGAACAUUUAAAACAUGCAGUGCAGUGGUACUUGAGAAACACGCACCUGGAGGAAUUGCAACCAGGAAAAAAAAGUGUACCAACCACUUUUCACAAGAGUAGCCUACUAUAUUUUAAUGUUGUCCUCUUGUUCCAUUCUGGAUUACUGGUGCUAAAUUCAUUAAAAUUUUUAAGAAAACACUUUGUUCUAUUUAAGAUACAGUGAUCUCAAUGCUUAGAUGUAUGUGGGAAACAUUUCUAUAUUGUCUUACUUAUUAGCAGUUUGAAAGCAAUUUACUGUUAGUUAUCAAUAACAUUCACUAAGGCUGUUUGCGUAAUGAAAACCUUUCAGCAAUGUCUCCCAUCUCUGAAUUUUCAUUAGAAACUUCGAGUCAAACAAUAAACACUGUUUUUAAUUGUGUUGCUUUAAAGUUUACACAGUGGCUUAAGUUGAUUAUUGAUGUCUUUGAACCCUUAAAAAAUGCUGGUGUUCAGCUACUAUUUCUAUAAAGCAGGCCAUAAUGCAUAGGCAGACAGCAAGUCUAGUGUUUGAUGAAUCCUCAAGUCAAUGUUUUGUCAUUUUAAAGUGAGAAAUUGUGUCUUUUUGUUCUGGGAAGGUUCAUGCAUGAUUCUUGUACCAGAAUGUAAAUGAGCCACAUCUGCCCUUAGUUGAAAAUAUAGUACUUUUUUAAAAUAAACGUUUAA